AUGGCCACACAAGUGUCUCAACAAUUGCCUUCGCAGAAUGCUGGCCCUGGCAACAAGCGCAAGAGAGGAGCUGCGGACCAAGGUGCAGGCCGUGAGGCAAAAGCACCCAAUACCAAUGGAGGAGCAACCGAAGCCAGCUAUGCUGCGCUUUUGCAAGGCAUUGAAGCUAGUGGUAUUCCUGAAGCAGACGACAGCACCCGCACCGCACAAGCCGCAUUGAAUCAAUCGGCCUACCCAGAACCUGGAUUCGAGGAUGCUACUGGAUUGACAGCUGGCUUUGACGAAACUGGCGCCACCCAGGACUUCCAGGCUUCAACCCAAGCACUCAGUGAUGCUCGCACUUCCGCCCAAGGCAAUGUCGCAGGUGGUGCAGCUGGUGGUAAGGCCAACGUUGGUACUGCCGAAUGGCACCAACAGCGAAAGGACAAUCACAAGGAAGUUGAACGUCGUCGUCGCGAGGUCAUCAACGAGGGUAUCGAAAACAUCGCCAAGAUCGUCCCCGGCACGGAGAAGAACAAGGGAGCCAUCCUUCAGCGAACUCAUCAGUACAUUGGCGAGCUCCAGGGCAAAGUCAGCGGAUUCGACAAUGAGCGUGCAACCUUUGAGAUCGCACUCAAGGAGUUGACCAAUCGCUUGGACCGUAUGAAGGAGCGAGCUCGAAACGCCUGGGCUGAGAGUGCGAAGUGGCAACAGCGUGCUCGCGACGCGGGACUUCCAUUUGAUGACUACGACGAUGGCGCGAUCGCUACCGGUCUUGACGAUGAAGACCUGAAUGCGAACGACGAGUCAUAG